CUUGACGCUGGUGCGGUAAAGUUGAGUGUGGCAAGUCAUCAUACAAGUGACACAGGGGCAGGAGAGACGCCCAACAAGUUCCACACAUCCUUUCUCUAGCUUCAGAAAGUCGUUUCUUCAAACCACCCGGGGGACCGGAAGGCGGUGAAACAUGGCUGCUCUCUCAGCCUGGUUCUGGAACGAGAGGUUCUGGUUGCCGCACAACGUAACCUGGGCGGAUCUGGCGGACCCAGCUCCCGGGGUGGAGUAUCCCAAAGCCGGACACUUGUUUACUGCCUUGCCCCUGGCUUUGGGGAUUUUCGCCGUCAGGAUAGUCUUCGAAAGAUUUAUUGCCAGCGCCUGUGCCCGAAGUCUCCACAUUCAGCAAGGUUUUGGAAGAAGAGCUCAGCCCAAUGCAGUGCUGGAGAAAGUGUUUACAUCCAUCACAAAGAAUCCAGACUCCCGCCAUCUGGAUGGCCUGUCCAAGCAGCUGGACUGGGAAGUGCGGAAGGUCCAGCGCUGGUUCAGACACCGCAGGAACCAAGAUAAACCCAGCACACACACCAAGUUCUGCGAGAGCAUGUGGAGAUUUACAUUUUAUUUGUACAUAUUUACCUAUGGGUUCCGGUUUCUGUGGCAGUCCCCUUGGUUGUGGGAUACACGGCAGUGCUGGUACGGUUAUCCCUAUCAGGUCAUGACUCCGGGUCUUUAUCACUACUACGUGACAGAACUGGCCUUCUACUGGUCACUUAUGUUCUCCCAGUUCACCGACAUAAAAAGGAAGGACUUCCUGAUUAUGUUCAUCCAUCACCUGGCUACAGUAGGCCUCAUCAGCUUUUCUUACGUCAACAACAUGGCGCGAGUGGGGAGCCUGGUGCUGUGUGUCCACGAUGCCUCAGACUUCCUGCUGGAGGUCAGUUUAGACAGAGUGGUGACAGGAAACAAUCAUGUUUUAUAGAGUGAUCGCACACUA